AUGAGUGCCACAACUCUUGCUUGCAAUCUCAGGUCAGCAAAACUGGUUUUUGUCCUCAAACUGGACCCGUUAGUGCCCGGGCCAGGCCAGCUGGGCGCCGUGCGGACGCAGCGCGGCGGCCUCGGAGCUAACGAUUCCAUGUUGGUUUCCAUUGUUGGGAUGGCCCUGUACACGGGCUAUGUGUUCAUGCCUCAGCACAUCAUGGCAAUAUUGCACUACUUUGAAAUUGUGCAGUGA